GCGAGAACGACCAAAGUCCCGUCUCUCUUGGACAAGCAUGGCCGCGCUGUAUGAGGGAUACACGUUGUGUGGAAUAGUUCCAUCUCAGAAUCUGACAAAUUCCAGCAUUCAGGGCAUCGAAGAGGAGCGGGAUAGCGACCAUGUAAUCGUCACUGACGCCUUCAGAUCUGUUACUCUUUACAAGGUUUCGGACCAGAAGCCACUCGGAAGCUGGACUGUGAAACAAGGAAAUUGUUUGACCUGUCCAGCAGUCUACAACACACACACUAAAGAAUAUGUGACAGUCACAGACAACAAGGUGAUCAGAAUCUGGAAGGAAGAUGAUGUUGUCUUGGAUAAGACAUUUAAAGCGACGGUGCCGUCGGACAUAUGGAGGGUCCACUGUGUUGCUGGAGGAGAUCCUGUGGUCUUGUUUCAGAGAGGAGCUGUGAGACUUCUUGAUUCUCUUCUCUCCGCUCCUCAGCAACCUGUUGAGGAAGUCUUGGCUCCAGAUGAAACCAUUAGGUGGAGCACCAACAUAGUGGCAGGAACCCAGCAGCUUGUCAUCUUCACAACAGAAAUGAAGGGGGACAACUUUUUGUACGUGCAGAAACUAAAACCAAACAUACUGCACAAGUACCGUUUGGAGCAAGAAAAUUCCAGCCGGUCCCCUCUCAGCUUCUCUGCGUCCUACAGAGAUAAACUCAUCCAUCUGCUUUACCUCUAUCCUAAUGGGCAUGUGUACCAGAGUGUGAUUUCUGUGUUGGGCCCGGGGGCCGAUGAGGGGUCUCAAACCCUUUCACUGCCCCGUAAUUUGCUGCUGGCUCUUUCUGUUGACGGGGACCAGUUGAAUGCGGCUUCUGCCCUCCUCCUAGAUGAAGCCCACGUUGCUGUGGUUGGCGUUCCGCACCCCUCUGCUGGAACUGGUAAAGACUUCCUCUGCAUCUGGAAUAUAAAUUUCCAGACACUUCAGGCAGGAAAAGAAAUCGCGGGUAAAAUCUUUGGACAGCUUUGGUGUUAUUCCAACAAGUUGUUCAUUCCACAUGGCAAAACACUGUCAGUUAUUCCAUAUGGAUGCACCAAUUCUUCGCUCGCUUCCGCUUUGGGCAAACUGAAGCAGUCCAGAAACGAAGAUUCCAAACCUCUAGUGUCAGUGCCUUCCUGGAACAACAUCUUACAUGAAGAGAAAACUCAGCCCUCCAGAGCAAUAGAGACCAGGAAGUUGAGAAGUACACGUAAGAGUCAGUCUUGCACCGGUUUAACAGUUGAGCAAGUUCUGGAACUCAUCAAGACAGCACCAGUAGAGGAAGUGCAGAAAGGAGUCGAAGGCCUCUUUUCCAGAACAGACAUCCAGGACCUGAAUCAGUCAGUGGGACCGCUGGCAUCGACUCUGGUGUCCCGCAGCUUGGCCGAUACUGCCUUCUAUUCGCCGAUCACGCUGGCACAGCUAGUACACACCCAAUCUCUCUGCCACAGUGUGUGCCCUGACCUCGUGCAACUGGCCCUGGAAAAGAAGGAUUAUUUCCUGUGUCAGCUCUGCCUACAGUUUUUUCCUGACAUCCCAGAAGCCGUCACCUGCACUUGCUUGAAGGCCUUUAUUAGCAUGCCAGACAGUGAAGCAGAGAAAGUGAACCUGGAGCCUGACAGCCUCUCCUUCAUGGAAACUCUGACAUCCAGAGAACAUUGCCAGGUUGGCUUGCGGAAUGGUUUUAACUCCACCUCGUCUUUGGAGGACCACUCAGAUGUCACGAUGCCAAAAGCAGACGAGGAGAAUAAGAAAUCAACGGCACCAGGGCAAAGCUGUCCAGUUGGUUUACAGAAGGCUGUUUUAUUAAAUGAGAUCCUACAGACGGCGUACACCGAUGACCUCCUCCUUCCACAUUUGAAAGAUCUUUCAUCUCAACACGUGUUUCUUUUCCUGCAGUAUCUGCACUUCCUCUACUUAAAAUAUAACGAAGACGCUUUUCCGCAGAGUCAUGGCUAUCGAUCACCCAGUGUGACACAGGUUAUGGAUUGGGUUUGCUUGUUGUUGGAUGCUCAUUUCACAGUUCUAGUCAUGACUCCAGAGGCCAAAGUCCUACUACUAAACUUCCACAGCUUUAUUAAGUCUCAGGUGAGGCUAUUUUCUGAACUCGGGAAAGUUGAAGGAGGUCUCCAAGCGCUCCAACACAUGAAGAGAAAACAAGAUAUUGGACAGUAUUCAAUUGAACUUAUAGAGCUGUUUUAGAUUUGUGUAAUGCUUUACAAUAAAAACUUCAGAUGAAAAUCUGGAAGAGACCUGAUACUCGAAGGGGAUUCAAUACUGUAUGUCCUAAAGCUAGCCACCAGAACACAAUACAUUUUUAGGUCAUUUGUUAAGAACAAUUGUGAUAAAGCAUUUAAAAUGACAUUUUCGUGUAUAAUGAUAAUGUUAAAGUCUUGACCACUCAGUUGUGCUACAUGGAUCAUUUAUUUGCUAUUUUUUAUUAUGUGCGAAAUCUGGAUAUCUGUAACCCGUAAAAUGUUUUUGUAUGUGCCCUAUUGCAGAGGCAUGUAGUCAGGAGAGGCAGAGCCUCACCUGCUUGUGAAGGGGUGGGUGGGUGGGGGAGUAGUAAUAAUUAGUGAGCCUCCAUAAAAUGAUUUACCAUUUGA